CGUGUGCCUGUGGGGAAGUGCGUCUGGUGCCGCAUCCUCCCUCUUCUUUUCUUGAGACAGACCGGUGAUAUAAAACUACCAUCCACGCCGCUGUCUCCCUGUGCUGCUUCGGGUUGGAGUUAUCGAUCCGUAGUUCUGUCCAGAAACUUCCAACGGUUCCAGCGGUGAGCGCAGAAGAAGAAUCCGACAAAGAUGAACGAGACCGAGCUGAACGCGUACGACUUUGAGCGACGCUUCGACGAGAGAAGGGCUUUUGAAUGGAUGCAGGAAAACUGGACCAACUCCUUUAUGUUCUGUGGCCUGUAUGCUGCUUUCGUUUUCGCCGGGCAGCACUUCAUGAGGGAGAGGCCAAAGUUGAACCUGCGCCGCCCACUGGCACUGUGGUCACUCAGCCUUGCCAUUUUCAGUAUUGUUGGAGUGGUUCGGACAGGACUCUACAUGAUGCACGUCCUCACCACCAGCGGGUUCAGGCAGUCCGUGUGUGACAUCGGCUUCUACCACGCGCCCCUCACCAAAUUCUGGGCCUGGGCUUUUGUUCUGUCCAAGGCUCCUGAGCUCGGUGACACAGUCUUCAUAGUUCUCAGAAAGCAGCGUCUGAUCUUCCUGCACUGGUACCACCACAUCACCGUCCUGCUUUACUCUUGGUUCUCGUACAAGGACCAGGUGGCUGGAGGGGGCUGGUUUAUGACCAUGAACUACUUCGUCCACUCCCUCAUGUACACGUACUACGCGGCUAGGGCUGCCGGGAUCCGUAUACCACGAUUCUGUGCCAUGUUCAUCACUACCAUGCAGAUUCUACAGAUGGUGAUGGGGCUAACGGUGCUCAUUUUUGUUUAUAAUUGGUUAAAUGAAGUCCACUGUCCAUCCAACAUGCACAACAUAACAUGGGGGUCUCUAAUGUAUCUCAGCUAUUUGAUCCUGUUUGGCAUGUUUUUCUAUGAGUCCUACCUCAAGGGAUCCCACAGUAGCAGCAAGUCAAAGAAAGAGUAAAGUAUGAACAGACUGUGCCAUAAAAACAGAUGGAUUUUUGGACAUUUAAAAACAAACUAACUAACAGAUUUUCCUAGUGUUUCAACAUCAACUGACCUUUAAAGCAGUUUUAGUGAGCUAAUCUGCAUGUAGCACAAUUUCCAAUGAUGAAAAUUAUAAUGAUAUGAUAAGGUUAUUUAAGACUAACAGGUAAAGAUGCAUGGUAUGGAUUACAAGGGAAUUAAAAAAAAACACUGAGUAGAUUUAGAUAUAAUUGUGAGCACUCUAAUUUAUUUUAACUUUAUACCAAAAACCCCUAUUUUAAAGAUUUUAUCUUGAAAAUUAUUUAAGAAAUUGCAUUCUUUGUGGAAUUGGUAAUAUUUAAUUGCUACAAUAGUGCCAUACAAUAUUAAUUAAUUUAAUGCAUUUUUAUUGUUAUUCCCAGUUCCUAUAGUCUUGACUGAUACCUGUAAGCCAUAGAAAGGGGGGGGGGGAAGGACACUAAAUUACAUUGUUUUCAACCCAUCCAAGUUGAUUUUGUGCUUGAAAGAAAGAACUAAAGGUACUGCCCUUAACCUUAGCUGUGGGGAUAAGAUCUUAAAGGCAUUCCUGUGACAGUGUGUAGUUACUUCUUGGUAGCGUCAGAAGAUCUUGUGUUUUUACUUGUCCUUAAUUUACCCUUGUUUUUUAUGUUAAAAAUAUGUUUACACAACAUAUGCCUUCCAGUCCAUGAUAUGCACUGAAUAAUAAUGCCCCAUACUGCGCGAGUGUUUAAUAUUCACUCAACUGUGAAAGAGGGAUUCUGGUCCGUCUCAGUGAAUUAGAAUAUAGAAAAAUGCAUGAAAUUUGAUAAAUAUAGACUGUCAUUUAAAGCUUCACCAUGUCACUUUUCUAAUGGGGGGGGCUUCUAUCUGCUUGUUUUGCUUUGCUUCGAAGGUUCCACAGUAUGACAUUAAACAUGUAUAUGGUUAUAUUGCUCAAUAUUAUAUUUGUGAGCGGGUUUACCUCUCCACAAAUCUGACCUGUAACUUUCCCUGGCAUAGCUACUUAACUGUAAUGUCAUACUGUGUAACAUGCAAGCCAAUGGAAAAACACUGCCGUUAGGAAGGGCAGGUGGCAGACUCCAUUCCAGAAAGGUUAGUGUACCUUUAAUGAACAGGACUUCAUAAAUAUAGUAAAAUUGGGCAUUUACAUACAGAAAAUGAAUUAAUAAUAGAUAAAAAUAGAACUUGCGUCCAAAAAUAUGAAUGGCAUCUUUGUGCUGUCUGCAACAAGCUGCUAAAGAGAGAGUAUUAUAAGGGAAGUUGUGUCCUAUGUGUAUAUAUAUAUUUAUUUUCUUAAUAUAAUGUUAAUGUUAAUGUAUGGUCAGUUGUUAAUAUCUAAAACUAGUGUAAUUUCUUUCCUUAAUUUUUACAUUCCUAGUUUUGUUGUAACCUGUUCUUGCUGAAUAUAGCAAACAUACAGCAAAGUAGCCUUAAUGAAUCAGUUACACCAAACCAUUCCACAAUAUAUGAACUAUCUGUCCAUUCAGUUUGACUUUUUGUUCUAGUUUAUGCCCAGUUCCAGAGUUUGGGGUUGAAAGGGUUUGUGAUGAAGAUGCGUAUUAUUACUUUGUUAAAAAACACUUUGAUGUAAUGAUUUAUUUGUAAUCUUUGGCAGCAUAUUUUAAUGUUACCUAUUUUACUACAGUUUCAGAUAAACUUGACAAGAGAAACUGAAGGACAAAUGUUUUUAUGCUGGUUACAGGUGAAUAGUGGGUUAGCUGCAUGUCUUCUGGAGAAUGUACUGACUGCAGUGGCCAGUAUUAAAUAUAUCUGUUGUAUUGUGAAGCGUUGACAGAUAUUUGUCUUCCUAUAGGCUAUGCCAUUGUAAUCUAUACGUAUUUUUUUCUGACGCACAAAACCUUAAAGAUUACUUUCAUUCAUUUUAUCAGUGAACGUCUGAACAUCCCUUAUCUUUAAAGUGGUCUAACUUGAAGUCCUUUGUGCCAAACAAUGCAUUUUUUUUCUUGUCAUCUGUGCUGUCUUUUGCUAUUAGCCACUUAAAAUGUGAAAUAAAAUAGUUCUUUCUGUGGUUGAAGUCCAUUCAAAGGGAACCUGUUAAAAAGGGCUUUGCAUAAUUUGAAAUGUUACAAUAAAAUAAUUACAAAUAACUGACAAUAA